CCUUCAAACCAACCUUCCCUCACAUGCUCCCUCUGUAUAGCUCUCUGAGAUUAUCCUCCUUUUUAUAUUUAAUCUUAAGCUUCUAAUAUCAGGAUCUAUCUGUGUUCAGGUUGUUCCAAAACAUCCAUAUUUUAGCUUAUGUUUUUCAUUGUUGAGUAUGUAUUUAGGAAGAUGAUGAUAUCUUGUGAAGCAAAAGCGUAGAAGAGAGAGAGAGAGAGAGAGAGGGAGCAUGGGGUGUGCUACAUCUGUUUAUGAUUCUGUGGGCAAGAAGAAGAGGAUCGUUCAAGAAUCUGUAGUGUUUGUUCUGCAGCUCCGUGUUCCUGUUCAGUCUGAUCUUCAGCGUCAGCUCAAAGGCGUUGCUCCCAGGACCACCGUUGAGCGUUUGGCAUGUCUAAGGAAUCAGAUUCAGCUGGUAGCUGAGGACACAGGUGGUUCUGCCAUUUCUGAGCUGCGUACAGCUUUGGAGGAGUACUUAUCUCUCCUCACCGGUAUUGUCAAGAAAAAGAAUGAUGGCAUGGAGGGAUGUGUAGAGUUCAAAUGGAAAAUCCUUGGAGAUGGUCGAAGAGCAGAGUUAUGUUUCACAAACAUUUGGAUGGAGAUGCUGACAGUGAUCCACAUGAUGGCUGCUUUGGCAUUGACUGAAGCUAACUCUCUCAUGACUCCGAAGGCCUGCUCUGAUUCUAGCAAUAGCGUCCGUGUGGUCUCCAGUGAUUGCAGGAGAGAUGCAGUUGACUUGCUGCUCAAGGCGUCUGGAUACUUAGAGUUCUGCAUCCGAGAGAUAUUGACUCGCUUUCCUCCUGAUAUUAAGAGUAAAUUGCCAGAUGAUAUGCAGGAGAGUGUUUUACAAACUCUAUCUAUCCAAGCACUAGGCCAGGGAACUGAGAUUCAACUAGGAUUAGCAGUUGAUAGCCAGAAAGCUACACUUUCUGUGAAGAGGAGACUUGCCUGUGAGCAAGUCAUCUAUUUCUCCCAGGCAUAUCAAUGCUUGUCUGGUUGUGAAGUAGUCAGCCACGGAUGCGCCAAAAAGCUUCUCCGGUUCAUAUACUGGAAGUUUCUUGAAGCAAAGGCUGCGGCAUACUAUUACCAUGGACUGGUAACAGACAAAGGAAACGAGCCAGCUUGCCACGUGAGUGCGGUGUGUUGUUUCCUUGCAGCUGCAGAGCUCCUAGCAGAAAGCAAGAAGGCUUGUUUCAGCUUCUGCUUAGCUCCUCCUGUCACUAGGGCUCCUCCUAUGUGGGGUGUCAUGAAGCACUUGAGCCAGAAGAUUCCAGAAGUUGCUUUUAGGAAAUCUCAAACGUAUGGAUACUUGCUUGAAGAAGAAGAAAAGGCAAUGCAGUGUUUACCAGAGCUCCCAGACUUUCAGUUGUCAUUGAGACCAGAAGAGUUUGAGCUACCUGAGAUAGAAGCUGGCUCUUCUGAAGGAAACCAAACCCAUUUGCUUAGUGAACAUCUCGAAGACUACUCCGAUAAUCAUGAUGAUGAUGAAGAUAAUGAUGAGCUUGAUCAUUGAGCAGCACUCUCUACACAUAUUCUUUGAGUAUCUUACCAGUUAUAUAAUUGUAAUGUAAUAGAGUUACUUCUUUUGCAGUACUAGUUUCUUUCGUGUCAAACAAACGUAUGAUACUUGUUUCAGUUUUUAGUAUAGUAUGCAUUAUU